GCCACUCCUGGCAACUCUGUUGAGCGGUGAGUCAUCUGGCAGCGCCGCUGAAAUAGACGCACUUGUUGAGUCGCUCCUGUGCAUUUAGCGGCUCUUUCGCUCAGGGGGUAAAGAGCAACCCUCCAUCCUCAAAACGGAACCAAACCAAACAUGCAAUAAGGAUAUUCGCCUGAAUCCCCAGAUUUACUCACCGUUUCAUCUCCCGUCUCCAGGACAAGUGUUUUUGAUGUCUACACACCGACUCCCUCUGUGGGCAUAUUUACAUGCUCUAAUGGGUUAUGUGGUCAUCAUACUGACUUCCCUGCCAGAAUUCAGCAAAGGUCAGAACUGUUCUCACCCGAUUAUCCAUGAACACGGUGGCUUCUACUGUAAGCCUUCUCCAUGUCGGGGUUUCCCUCUAAGGAGUCGUAUCUACUACUUCUGUGAGUCAGGAUAUGUCCUGCCACCACGUAUCCACAACUCCAUCUGCCGCAAAGGCCAAUGGGAACCCAGUAUCCCCAAGUGCAUACUUAACACAGCUGGACAUACAAAAUAUGAAGACAGAGUGACCAAUUCUAUCCCGAGUGUGGCUACAACUGCUGUGGGCGUUUCCAUCUUCCUUCUCACCACCACAGCCUGCAUGGUUAUCAAGUCCCGACUCUACCCAUGUCAAACUCAUAGGCGAUCGUCUGAUCAGUUGGACUUGAUGGUGGACGGCUUGCCUGUGUCUCUGCCCACCUAUGAGGAGGCGGUGUACGGAAGUUGGGGCCAGCGCAUCCCACCCUUACGUGGACCCACUCAGCUCUUGCUGGCCUCAUCAGAGAACAGUCCAUUAUCAUCACUCAUCCAGUCAGGUUCCAGUAACUGCACAGACACUUCUAAUCAGAGCACAGAGGAGCCACCACCUUACAAUGAGAUACAGCAUCGGUCUGUGGAUGCAGGAAAUGAAGGAGAAGCGCAGGCCUUGCACAUUGCACUUUCUGUUGAAAAGGACAACUAACUUUGGGUGUGUGAGCUCACCUUCGGCUUAUUGAUUGUUAGUUCUCUUGCCAUUGCUUCAAGCCUAACAGUGUAGGUCAAUGUCUGCUUUAAGGGUUUUUAAUUAAACAUGUUUUCAGCCUUUAUUUUAUAUGAAUGAAACUGGUGGGCUUUGGGGAGUUAGAUGUUUAGCAAGCAGGCGACUGCGUGUGAUGUGUACAGUGAUAUUGAUUGUGUCAAUGUUUUCAGUGGUGCUGGAGACAUGUUUAUUGUUGCCCUCAGUGAGGAGACUAGAUCACAAUAGUCUUGUGGACUGUAAUAACACAGCCUUUACCUCAGUGGAUUGUGGAUGUUGAGUCAAUAAAUGAAAGUAAGUCCAGCAGAACUGUGGAGUCACCUUACUAUGCCAAGGUGGAAGAACGGCUCAUUUCUGCCCUGUGAGAGGCUAGUCUUGUAUCCAUGUUUCUGUUUAUUGUUUCAUAUUUGCGUUGUCAUUUAAUUACGACAGCUGGCAUAAGCUCUUAUUUAUCAGGUGGAGUAUAGGGUAUAUAUGAGGUUCUCUUUCUCACUUAAUCCAUAUUAUGUUCUUCAUUAUUAAACAUUAUGAAACUUGAAUUUCAAUAUUAGUGAACCACAUGUUAACAAGCAUUUAUGUUGAUAUUUAACUGUGAAAUACUUCCCAAUGCCAAAUGUUUAUUUAGUCUAUAAUUAAAAAUAUGAAGAAAAAAAAUAUAGAUUAUCAGCAACUUCCUGAACUCUUCCUGCCCAGGUGUAAAGAUUGCAACCUUCUUACUGGUAAACAGUCUGAACCACAUUACUUAAGGUUCUGGUUCAUGUUACCUAUUGUGGUUUUAAUUUGAUGGUAAUAUUAAUAUCUGCAUUAUUAUUUAAUAAAAACAUCAGUUCA